UCGAAAUCACCUCGUGCAUAAUGUGAAUGGUAACAACGAGGAACCCAGCCGCGAAUUCUCCGAUAUUGACUCUCCGAAAGACGAAGCCUACGAUCCAAAACAGAAUAAACUGAUGGGCUUCUUUAAGUCCACGGCUGCCGGUGCUAGCAAGGAUAGAAAGGCUAAAAGGCAAGAGACGGAUAAACAACCAGACCAGAAAUGUGCCCGAAGUCAGAAACAAUCUUUCAUUCUUCUGGAGGAAGCGGACCUUCUAUUUGAGGAAGACAAGCAGUUUUGGUCAGGAGUAUUAGCGCUAAUCAACCAAUCAAAACGUCCUAUCAUCAUAACUUGUAAUGAUGAGAGUCGUAUCCCACUAGGGGAUAUAUCUUUUCACGCCAUUCUCAGAUACCGUUCCCCACCUCGGCACCUUGUCGUUGAUUAUUGUCUUCUGCUAGCUGCGAAUGAAGGUCAUAUGCUGAAACGCGAGGCUAUUGACGACCUUUUCAUUAGCACUGGCGGGGAUCUACGUCGAACAAUCACAGAACUGAACUUCUGGUGUCAAAUGGCUAUCGGUAGUGAAAAGUCUGGUCUUGAUUGGAUGAUUGACAGAUGGCCCCGAGGUUCCGAUGUGGACGAGGACGGUUUUCCGCUCCGAGUGAUCAGCGUGAACUCGUACGAACCGUUCAUGGGCUGGUUCAGCCGUGACAUGCUGUUAAUUAAAGGCUUAGACAGUGAGGUCGAAUCGCAACAAGAGGCCUGCUCUUGGUGGGAUCUCAGUCUGCAGGAUGCGGAAAGAAUGCCAGAUACGGAUUUGGCGCAUGCUGCACCGGCUGCGUCAAACAAAGAACGACUUGACAGACUACAAUAUCAGUCCAACCUCAUGGAUAUGAGAAGUGCUCUUGACGUCCUAAGCCUUGAUUGUUCACUUGAUCUCAGAUUAGAUGCUGUCGAUACUUCUAUCCCUCCAAUGCCGGAGAAGCAAAAGGCGAACUAUGUUGACGGCUAUCCCCUAUUGCACGCCGAUGUCGUGCCCGAUCACUCGUCAUUGUCUACAAGCAUCGCAAGUACAUUUGAGGUUUUAUUAAGCAGGGUUUUCCGGCCAUGUCACGAAACCAACGUCGAAUCAUUGCAAGCGGAGAAAGUCCUAAAAAACGUCACCAAACCAAAAUUCACCAAGUCCCAGCAGGCCGAAUUUACUAGAGCCUUUGAGCCAGUCAUGAGAGCCAAAUAUGUAUUCCCUCUUCCAACAGGACGGCUGAGUCCAUCGUUCGAAAAUGGACUACGACCUAUCAGUGAAGACCUUGGUCCGUACGUGCGUGCGAUUAUCGCCUUUGAUCUUCGCCUCGAGCAGUAUCGGAUGCAACUCAGCGGAUUACUCUCUCAGAAUGGGCAGGGUUCGAAGAGGGCGCGAACAACAAGGGCGAGUCGAGCGGCACUUGAGGGUGGCAGCAAAGCCGAAACACGAAAAGAGCGAUGGUUUCCUCCUGAUGUCAAUCCUACGCUUAUUCUCGCCACGGGUGGGCAAGAUUGGCAGGAUCUAUUAGUACAGAAUGGCUAUUUUGUGGUUACGUGCGCGGAACCUGGCAGAGAAUGCAAUGACCAUGCAGCAACAGAGAGUUCCAGCGAGGGGGGAAUUUGAUGUAUAGAUACCCAAUGGAAUUGGUCCGUUAUAGAAAUUAUGAUAUGAGAAAUGUAUUUAUAAAGCAGCGGAUAUAUGAGUCAAUAGAAUUCAGACAUUCAAAAGAAAGGACA